AUGAUUGUUGAAUGCCUUGCUUACAGGUCUGCAGCCAUGGAAUCGGCAAAUUCUGUUGCAUUGGCUGAACAGUGCCAGGUUGGCCAAAAUAUGAUACCCAACUCAACUGCUGGGGAGGAAUCCACAACUUUGGCUCCAUCGUCUAAUCAGUCGAACUUCACAGAUAUUCCUUUGAGUUCUCCUCGACCUGCCGCAGUGGCAGAGGUGGCUAUGGCUCCUUGUGUCCCCUCUGUAGGUGCAAACAUGGCUGUAGCCCAUCUUCCUACUUCUGCGGAGCCAGAUGCUUCUUUAGCAGGUCCUUCUGUUGCACCUGUGAACGCAAAUGCUCUUAUAGCUCCAUCAACCAACACAACCAAUGCGCGAACCACAACCGCUCACUUGACUAAUCCGUCCAUUUCCAAUCCAACUUCGGCUCCAACCUCUUACGUUCAAUCCAACACAUACUCUUCUGCAGCGACUCUUCCACAUCAAUCAGCUGGCGUUGUCUAUCAGACGUCCUCGGUACCUGCAGUUGUGGGCACUGCAUCUGCGUAUGAAGGCAUAAACAGUCUGGAUGGAGAUGAGAAACUCGUGCCCCCUCCAGCACGACCAACCCCGAUUCCUACUUCAAAACCAAUACCUGUGGACACAAAGUGGACCUUCCAACCGAUCACCGAAGCUGUGGCGAAGGAGGCUUUUCUAAAAUACGCCAACAGCAAAUGCUGUUAUCCGAAAGCUCCAGCAAGGGAGAUGACCGUCCGGGAGUUUAAGCCCUUUAAUAUUUAUAGGUAUCGUCUUGAAACCUUCACUGAGUCGCGUGCCUGUAAAUGGGUGACUGAAAGCUAUGCAGGGCAAUUGGUAGAUUCUUCAUCCUAUGGAACGGCCCCUCAACCCUGGGACAUACCAGCGCAUGCUCCAUCUCUGUUCAAAGAUGGGACUCACAUAGUAAAGGUUCCUCAUACAGCGUCCGUACAGACGUGUCAGAAGUGCAUGGGCCUUGGCAGAGAUUUGUGUCUGAAAUGUCAUGGAACCAGUAGAGUGCCAUGCUUGGUGUGUAACGGGACUGGGCGACGUAUGCAGAUGGAGAUGUGCCAAAAUUGCUAUGGAAACGGAGCAGAAAGUUGUAGCAUGUGCCAGCAAAAUAAUACGCCAUGCAUCGGCUGCUCUGGGAAUGGAAAGAUGUUGUCCUACAUUCAACUAACCGUCAAAUGGACGAACAACGUCUGUGAGUUUAUUGAUGAACAUUACUCAGAUUUUCCAAAUGAGCUUUUCAAGAAAGCUGCGGGAGAGAACAUCUAUGGGGAUGAGCAAGAAGCGCUGGCUCCUCUGCAAAAUGCUCAAGUGUCCACCAUUAAUACCGUUUCACAGAUGGCUUUGCAGCAGCAUCAUACCGAAUUAUCUUCCUCUCACCGUGUACUGAAACAGAGACAAACCAUUGAGUGGAUGCCUCUUGUCAAGGUGGAUUACACCUGGAAAGAGAAAGACUUCAGCUACUUUGUAUAUGGAAAAGACAACCAAGUUCAUACGGCUUCCUAUCCAAUCGGGUGUUGCUAUGAGAAGUGA